AUGGUGAUCGAAGACUCAAUACAUUCUGCUGGUAAUGCCUUGCCAGCCCAGUCUCUCAGACUACAAGUAUAUGUCGCCUGGGUAGAUGUCUGGGUCUCAUCUUCGAAAACCCAAACGGCAAGUAGUUCCCGAGCAGAAGAUGCAGUUAGUCUUCGACCAGAAGACGUAUUUGCUCACCAGCUAGAAGAUUCAGCUGAUCUCGAACUGGAAGAUCCAAUUGAGAUUCCAAGUUUGAGCACAAAUGAAAUGGCAGAUUAUUUCCAGGAAGAAAACCUGCCGUAUCUCCUCAACCAAGACAUUAUCAAGACAGUCAUACAUGCAUUUCGGCAACAGUUGCUUCACAGGCGCAUCAAGGUGGGAGGUGCACUUCCACCUUCAUGCCCUGAAACUGAUGUCUUCUCCGAAAAAUAUGAUCCACGGGUAGAGUGCAAAUGUGAAGGGGAUACACGAGCCAACAAGGAAACAAUGACGGACCUAUCUCUAUGGCAAGAUAGCGAGAAGUCUGAAUAUAAAUCACAAGGAAUCUUCACCAACCAAGGACUGAUCGAUGCCGUCAUCGAGCUCUUCCUCUCCAGCAGCAACCUUCAACAAGUUCCAGAUACCUGUCAAGGCUCAGGAACCACACACCCUAUCCCAGAGGUUAAAGCUCCUGAUCGACGACCUAGCCUGACUGGCGACUCUGAUUUAAAUGUCCAUGACAGCCUAUUUCCGACGACGGAGAAGAUCAAGCUUUUCACAGAUGCCAAAUACUUCCUUGCAAUGGCUUGUGGCGGUAGCCUAGUUGACGAAGGUGUUUUACGAGCCAUCGCCGACGCAGGCAACGACGUCCUCAUCGGAGAUUAUUGCGAUGCAGUAGAUGAGGAAACCAUAACUAUCUUGCAAAAGAAUGGUGCGGCGGCCGUGGCAUUCUUGAAACUCUGCACUCUCGCCGACAUUGUCACAUCAGUUCAGUUCGAUAACCUAGUCGCAUCCUUGAUCCAAUUUCGAGUUCUAGGGUACUACAGAGACCAUGGACGAACGAACCUUGCUAGCGGCUUUUACGGAAGUGAUAUCAACAGACUUCCAGGACAUAGAUAUAUAGACCUUGGUAUUUGGGUGGGGAUGAUGUCUGCUUCAUUAGCUACAGGAAAAGCGAUCACUGAAGAAAAGCACCUCAGACUUGCUACAGUUUGUACCUUACUCAACGACCUGGUCGAUCUCCGAAGUGACACGAUGCGAAAACAACGAGAAAACCCUAUUCUUCGAGGCGUCCGCGGUUGUCUUUGCAACUACCUGGACUCUUGCAUUUCGCGAUGUCUAACCCUAGCCUGUGAGGUUCUUGAAUCAGACAGACUGAGCGGGAUGGUGGUGUUGGGAUUCUGUAACUGGACAGUCAUGGCCUCCCACCACAAGGUCUACGAACUCGUCAACGGCGUACAGGAGGUAAAACACUAUCCCACUUGCACAUAUGCCUUAACCGAAGAGGAAACAAACUAUAGCAACUUGCUCAAAGCCUUAGAGCCCUACGGUACCUUGGAAAAGGAUGGUCCCCAUGUUUACAUGAAACGUGCUACAAUGGACCAGCUAUACGCCAUCAAUCGCUCAAAGCCAGAUACACAUUUUGCUUGGAUGGCUGAUAUAACGAGAAGCCUUUUGAGACCGCAGACAUUGCGAAAAAUCGUAGAUGUUGUGCAUUUUGAAUGGAGCGGGGAUGUUGGUGAUCGAGAGUUUUGUCCUUGA